AUGACUGAUACUUGGACGUCGCUCCUCAAGAUCGCCUGGAAGGUUGCGCUCACGCUGACCGCGAUAAAGUGCGCGCACUACGUCGUCCGGCGCGUGUCGAGCAGUCGCCUACGCCUCUCGCAGUACGGGUCCGUCUUAGGACGGCAUGUGCAGCUGAGAUUGGAAGUAGAUGAGGCACGGAGGACUGUUCAGGGUCUACGAGAGCGUCUGCAGCAAGAAAGCGAGAGUGCGCAAUUGCGUGAAGAGCUCCUUCAUCAGGAGGCUGGAUUCUGGCGGCGUAUGGAACACCUUGCGAGGAAGGAGAUUGGGAGGAAGGACGAAGAAUAUCGGCGGGCGGAGGUGCGUAUUGAGGCGCAGAGCGAGCGGCUGCUGGUCCUGGAGGCUCGGCUGCGAGACGCAAUGUUUCUCGCUCAGGAGCAAGAGCGGGUAUUCGCGGAAGAGCGGGCGAGCAUGCAGGCACUGCUGGCAGUGGCACAGGAGGAUCUGAGUACCGCGCAAGAUUCGUUCGCACCUGAAGACAAAACCGCGGACGUGGACGUCGUGCAGCUAGUUCGCAGUCUCAACCUGGACAUAUCAAAGACGGCGACGCUCCUGACGGAGUCUUUCCAUGUGGAGGACCAUCGUCGCGGAGAUGGCUUCGUGGAGGCGUACGAGCGGACUAAGGUUGCUGUUGGCCCAAUCAUGGCAGAGCUGCUUGAGUCAAUUCAUCACGAAGACGAUCCGAUCCUCGUCCAUAUCGCGCUCCAGGCCGACAUGAUAAGCUUUGCUGCGGGUAUCAUCUCGGCAUGGGAUUUCCAGCACCAGAGCAAUGCUACAUUCUCGGGCAUCUACAAGCAAAUGUUGAAAUCAGAGUCUCAGAAGGCUGUAGGACGAUGGCGUGCCCUUACGCGGCAAUAUUCGAAGCAGCGUUUGUAUAACGGACGUGACCUCACUGCGGGUUUCACCAACCAGCUUGCGGAACGUCUGGCAGACAUUAUGUUUAUAUCGGGAGCCAGAGUCGACCACGAGCGCUUGCGUCAGUCCGUCAACGCGAGCCUCGAGAGCAUCAUCCGCUCGGCCCUCAACCUUCAACAAGUCAUUGGCGAGCAGGUCCUCUCACGCGAUUUGGAGAUCAUGACAGUGCGCGUGGACGACCUGUUCGACCCGGAGCAGAUGGAAGACGUAUAUGGUGACGAGGAGCCAACGGCGGACGACCACGAGCCGUUGCAUGUAUUGUGCACCGCGUCUCUGGGCCUGCGGCGAUGUGACAAACCGAAGGGCGGUUUGGGAGAUGAGCUGCAGGUGACGACAUUGGUCAGACCCAAGGUAGUCUUGGAGACUCUGGUGUAUGAAUUAGGUCUUGUGGAGGAAGAGGAGAUGAGUCCCCAGAGUAGUGAGAACACUGAUGUCUAA